CUUUCUUAGACGUCGUCGUUUGCCAACAUUUUUUUUUAUUCCCGCAUUGUGGGGAGCCCGAAACUCAAAAACUGAGUUUUUUUUUCUCCUUUGUGGUUUUUUUUUCCCCCAGAAACAAAGAAAACGUCAAGUCUUUUAUCGAAAUUCUCUCACGCCAUGUCAUCGCUUCGGCCAGAGAAUGCCAAAAUACCCAACACUAGUCCCUCUACAGGUGAAGACGACAACCACCUCAGCAUCAGUCAAGCGCUUCAAGACAAUGGGUUGUCAACUUCAUUCGAUCGAGCGUCGUCCACUGCCCGAUUAAGUUCUUCUCCUAUUCCUCCGAGCAAUCUCUAUGGCACUUCCCCUGCUGGAAGUCUCAGCAGUUUUACUCCGCAUCAUUACGGUAGCAGUUUACCUCGAGAUAUUGAACCGGCCAGUACGUCCCAUUCGGGCACUAGUCGUGCCAUGUUUGGGGAUCAUUUGACCACGGAACAUCAAGAUCAUGUAGCCAAAGCCGUAAAGCGGCACUUGGUGGAAACCUCGCCCGCAGGAUCCAUUUACGGCUCCUCUCCCAAUCGGAGUCUUCGAAGCCAUGGUGCAGAUAUCGAUGACGAUACUAACCAUCAGUCAGACCACGAAUCGGGCUCCGAACAUCGCGGUGUCACCAACAUCCAUCAGUUGCCAGGCGGCGCCAUCACCCACGAAAUCUACAAGUGGACCGAAACCGUCGAGAACGAACGACGAUCCAAACAAAAACGAUCCCAGUCCGUCUAUUACCCUCGAACCGAACCGAGCGAUCCUGCACUGGUUCACAUCAAGGAUCCGGGUGGAUUCCGACGUCACUUUGUCGUGGAUAAAGCCGCCCGUGAGGGGAAAGCGCCUCCUCAUUGGAUGACGCGCACAUUUGUCGACUUCCUUGCCCUUUACGGCCAUUUUGGUGGUGAGGAUUUGAGUGACGACGAAGAUGAAGACGAUGAAGCUUUGGCAGCCCGCCGUCGGCGUAAUCGACUGAAACGACAACAGACCGCCGAUGACCUUAUCGGGGAACAAACUCCUUUGAUUGAAAGAGCCCAGGAAAAUGCCGUUCAGGGGACAGCCACACCAUCCAAAGCCGUGUUUUUGUUACUCAAAUCAUUCAUUGGUACAGGUGUUAUGUUUUUACCGAAAGCAUUCUAUAAUGGUGGAUUGUUUUUCUCGUCCAUCGUGUUGUCAGUGAUCGCGGGUGUUUCCCUGUAUAGUUUCUUAUUAUUGGUGGAAACACGGAACAAGGUGCCAGUUUCUUUUGGUGAUAUUGGUGGUAUUUUGUUUGGUCCGGCCAUGCGAAUGCUAGUAUUAACGGCCAUUACUGUUUCUCAAAUCGGUUUCGUAUGUGCGUACAUGGUAUUUGUUGCACAGAACUUGCAGGCUCUGAUUGAAGCCGUGUCCAACUGUGAAAUGGAUGUCCCACUUUCUUACUUAAUCUGGCUCCAAAUUGCCAUUUUUGUCCCUCUGGCCAUGAUCCGAAAGAUUCAGAAGCUUUCCGUAUUUGCGUUGAUUGCGGAUGUGUUUAUCCUUCUGGGCCUUGCGUACCUGUACUACUAUGAUUUCUUCACCUUGGCUACCAAGGGCAUCGGUAACAUCAUCUGGAUGGUCAAUCCUUCAUCCUUCCCGCUGUUUAUCGGUACCGCCGUCUUUACCUUUGAAGGCGUGGGUCUCAUUAUUCCUAUUACCGAAUCCAUGGCCGAGCCUAAAAAGUUCCCCAAAGUGUUGUCGGGUACCAUGAUCGGGGUCACCCUAUUAUUCUUGUCGGUUGGAUUCAUUUCUUACUUGACCUUUGGCGAUGAAGUGCAAACCGUCAUUCUUUUGAACCUGCCUGCCAAUCCUCUGGUCAACACUAUCCAAGGGUUGUACGCUGUGGCCAUUUGUCUGUCGAUUCCGUUACAGCUUUUCCCUGCUAUCCGUAUUGUGGAGACUGGACUGUUCACUCGAUCCGGCAAAAACAAUCCUGUGGUAAAGUGGGAAAAGAACAUUUUCCGAUUGAUGACCGUGGUGGUAUGUGCGCUUGUCGCCACGGCCGGGUCGGCUGAUUUGGACAAAUUUGUAUCAUUGAUCGGUUCUGUAUGCUGUGUUCCUCUGUGCUUCCUCUUCCCACCCUUGUUCCAUCUGAAAGGCAUCGCUAAAACAUGGCAGCAACGCACCAUUGAUAUUGUCAUUAUCAUUUUUGGUUUAGCUUCCAUGAUCUAUACAACCGCCAUUACCGUCUCCCUCUGGUCAGCCGAAGGUGAAGCAGCACCGCCUAUUUCCCGUUGUAUCCCUCAUGGUGUCUAGAAAUAUUACUGGGUUAUCAAGAUUCUUAUACCAAUAAAGACCGAAAAGGACAGUAACAUUGUACGAAAAUGGUACCUCAUAUAACACGUUUAUCCUUCAAUCCUAGACGUGCAUUCUUCGAGGCACCGAGCCGACUCGUUCUUGGAGAUCGAAAAAUGACAAUCUCUCAUACUGUAAAGUGAACAAACGCUGAAAGAAAUGUCAUUUAUCGGCGAGAGGCGAUUCCUUGCGUAUGGUAUAGCAAGUAUUUAUUUUAAAUGAAUUUAUGGGGAUAACUACAAGAUGAGUAUGAUAAUAAAUAAAAGAAGA